UAAAAAAAAAAAUGAAAUAGACUUCAAAUAUGAGUCUAUAUAAGGAACCAGCUUCCAUUGUGUGGGUAGCAGUCGCAGUUGCAGAGGCGAUAUGAGGAGUGAGUGGGAGUCAAAGUCAGAGGAGGAAGGUCGAAUGGAAAUUGGUGGAGAUAUGUUGGAAGAAAUUGUAUGUCGUUUGGCGUUGGUGGAUCUAGUUUGGGCCAACCGCGUUUCCUCAGCCUGGCGAUCUGCAAUCUCCACCUCUCUUAAACGCCUCAACACUCUAAAGCCAUGGCUCGUCAUUCACUCUCAGUACUCCACUAAUUCCGCGACCGCGCGCGCCGUCGCAUACGACCCCAGGUCCCACCUCUGGAUGGAGAUCCGAAAGCCGCCGCCCCCCGCCGGCUACUUCUCUCCUCUCCGAUCCUCCCACUCCUCCCUCCUCUACAUGAUCUCCUCCUCCAGAUUCGCGUAUUCGGUUGAUCCGCUCCACCUCCACUGGCAUGAAGCUCCCACUCCCCCAAUGGGCGGUUGGCAGUGGCGUCCCGAUCCUGUGGUAGCGGCGGUCGGGAAGCACCUCGUCAUUGUGGCGGCCGGAUGUGGUAGCUGCCUCAUAGACGACCACACUGUUCCCCCGGUCCAAAUUUACGACACCACCACUGCCACGUGGGAGUGCCCGUGCGACUCCAUGCCCACCCAACUCAUGGACUCCGGCGCCUCCACGUGGCUGUCAGUGGCAGUUGCAGUUGCUGCGGAGGAACACACAAUGUACGUGAGCGUGAAAAGUUCUGGCGUAACCUUCAGCUUUGAUCCGAGGAGCAGGAGUUGGAGCGGAGGGUACGAUGUGCGGCGGCGUGGCGGCGGAGGUGGAGAAAGCGUGUUCUACUCGGAGAUCGCGUGGUGCAGUGGUAGUGGUGUGAUUGCGGUGGGUCUAACCGGAGAGGCGGAGAGCGUGAGUAGCGUAGUGAUGUGGGAAGUGGAGGGGGAGGGGGUGUGCAGCUGGAGGAUGCCAGCGGAGCUUUUGGAGAAGCUAAAGGGAGACAGUGCUGGGUACAUGCCCUCCAUUUCAGUGAAUGUGAUGGAUGAUUUUGUGUUCAUACACAACCCUUUGCAGCCUCGGGAGGUGAUUGUGUGCCACCUCCACCUCCGGACCUGCCGCUGGGGAAGCGUAUGCGUAGGCGUAGCCGCCUUCGACGACGCCUGCCUCUUCCGCAGCUUGGUGUUCGCCGCCUCCACUGUAACCCUCCCACAUUUGGAACUCGCCUUCAAACUCGGGACCACACUCAAAACAUUAUAAAAUACGUACCCAAUUAAUUAAUAAUCUCAGUCGCAUCGCCCCCUCCACAAUUUGACAACCAAGAGAGAAAUGUAAGGACAAAGUUGCUCUCACCGACCGGUGAGGAGUCUUGAGUAUUUUCCCCCUGAAUAUGUAUCCUAUUUUUAUUGACUUC